CAUAUACAUUAACCGAAAUCUCCAAAUGAAUGCAAAUGGUUUGCAAAGUUAUGAGAGCUUCACAGUGCCAAUUAUUCGUCAUCGGAAAAAGACAAACGGCACAAUGAAACUACGCCGUCUCCGGCCAUCCGUUGGCGCUGAAGCAAUAAAAUCAGGUGCCGAUUCUUAUAGAACGGGAACAGUAUCGCCUUCCAAGAAUGUUUACAGGGAUAAUUUGUUUGACCGUUUGGCCAUCAACCAUCUCUCCCAAUGCAUACAAGCUGUUUCAGGACUACGAAAUAAAACAAGAGGGUACGAUGGUUUAGUGGAGGCAGCAACAGCAAUUUCUCGAAACUUCGACUCGGCUCAACAGCAGAAAAUUGUCCUCCAGGCUCUUCAAAAUGCCAUUCCCGGGCCCAUUCUUUUGUUGAUGCGUAUGGUGCUUCCACUUUUGCCGUUGGGAAGUGAAUACUGCGCCGCCUUCACCACACUUUUCUUUACCUGGCUAGUUGGUCCGUGCGAGGUGAAGAAAGGAGAGGUUGAAGUGAGAAGCGAAAAGAAUGUUGUCCACAUAAAGAAAUGCAGGUUCUUGGAGGAAACCAACUGUGUUGGAAUGUGUACCAAUCUAUGCAAAAUCCCAUCUCAAACGUUCAUCAAGAAUUCGAUGGGCAUGCCGGUAAAUAUGGUACCUA